AUGCUAAGCAACAACAAUCCCAGCCUCGUCCUGCACGGCAUAGGUGACCUUCGAAUAGAGGAUAGACCGACGCCAAGCGUCAGCGCCCACGAAGCGCUUGUCGCAGUCACAAAAACUGGCAUCUGCGGCUCGGACGUCCACUACUUGAAGCACGCUCGUAUCGGCCACUAUGUAAUGGAGGAGCCAAUGUGUCUGGGGCACGAGUCUGCGGGAACAGUGGUGCAGGUGGGCGCGGCGGUUAAGGGUCUGAAAACAGGUGAUCGAGUGGCCAUGGAGCCUGGAGUAGGAUGUGGGACUUGCGAUCUUUGCCGGGAGGGCAGGUAUGAGCUUUGUCCAGCCAUGAGCUUUGCCGCGACCCCGCCCAGUACCCUCGGCACCCUCGCCAGAUACUACGCCCUUCCCUCGCACCUUCUCCACCCACUUCCUGACAAUGUCAGCUUUGAAGACGGUGCCAUGAUGGAGCCACUAUCUGUCGGCGUGCAUAGCGUCAAGACUUUGGGCAGGUGCUCGACAAACGAGGUGGUUAUUGUCUUCGGCGCUGGACCGAUCGGGCUGCUUUGUAUGGCUGUAGCCAAGGCGCUGGGGGCGCGGCGUGUGAUUGCGGUGGAUAUCAUGCAGGAGAAGCUAGACUUUGCGCUGGGAUAUGCUGCGACCGACGUUUUUCUGCCUCCCGCCAAGCUCGCCGAUGAGGGACUCGAGGCGUACGCUGCCCGAGCGGUAGACGAGCUCAGCAAGAAACUCGCCGUACCGGAGGUCGGCCCAGGAGGUAUUCAGCUCGCUAUCGAGGCAUCUGGCGCACCAUCGUGCGUGCACAUGGGCUGUCUGGCAUUGUCUCCUGGCGGACGAUAUGUUCAGGUCGGCAUGGGCGCUCAGUCGUCUGUCCCCGUCCCUCUCUUCCACAUCAUCAGUCGGGAGCUCCAGAUAUUGGGAUCAUUCCGGUACGGCCCUGGCGCAUACCAACUUGCGAUUUCGCUGGUCGAGCGGGGACUGGUGGACGUCAAGCCCUUGAUCACGCAACGAUAUGCUUUCCUAGACAGUGGGGCCGCCUUUGAGGCGACAAAGUUGGGCAGGGAUGUCGAUGGCAAGACCGUGAUCAAGUGCAUUAUCGAUGGACCUUUGGCGGAGUAG